AUGUCUGGAAGACAGGAAAGAUGCCACUUGUCUACCUGGAUCUGUCUUUUCGCUUGUAUUUUCUCCGUCCUUGGUGAUGAGCCUUAUAUCCCUACGAUUCCACCAAUCCCAGUUGUCGCUCGGACACCGAAGCCAAACGACAAGCUACAUCUUGUUCAAGUAGUCUGGCGCCAUGGAGAUCGUGCCCCAGUGAUGACCUAUCCAACUGACGUUCAUCAAGAGGAUGCGUGGCCCAAUGGAUGGGGCGAGCUUACUGAGGUAAACAUUCCGCAAGAUUUAUUCAAAACAAGAUGGGAAUGCGUCAACAGUAACGCGUUGGGGAAUGUUCUAGAAAGCGCCUACAAUAGGGUAACGUCGUUCUCUACAUCCUCUUUGGCAGGAUACUUCGAUCUCGGCAUGUGUAAUCGGACGCUCAUUUCUGCUUAUUCCAACAUAGCCGGAAUGUUCUCUGGUGGAGAAGCUGGGAAGGAUUUCCCUAAUGAAACGAACUGGCCUAGCGGUUGGACUCCAGUUCCAGUGCACACUCUCCCAACUGACGAAGAUCAUGCUGGCAACGUCUUCGCUCCAUGUCCUCGAGCUGUACAGCUGGAUGAUGAAUUACGGAAUAGUAAAGAAUUCAAACAAAUUGCUGAAGACA